AGGCUAGGCUAGGCUGCUAUGCUAAGCUAGCGAGGAAGAGUCGCUAGUUCAACAUGUUUCUGCCUCCAAGAUGAUCAAAUGCGUGUAGUUUACCUCCCCCUGCGGUACCCGAUUCCUGGAACAGACGGCGAGUGAAACCCAGGGGCAUUAUGGGAUGUAGAGCCAGAUUAACUGCUAGCUGGAUGGCGGCGGCCGGAGAGGGCGCCGUAAAUUAGGCAAAGGGGGGGUGAAGGUUGAGGGUGAGGGUUGAUAUCACAGAGGACGACUGGCGCCUCUGUGCCGCUCAGAGGUUCAUUGGAUUCACGAGGAGGAUCAGCUUCACAGUGAUCGCACCUUUCUUCCGGUGAGAGAAGAUGAGUCCCGCUCUCCUCCUGCUCGCCGCGUUGACCUCAGUCGCCGCGGCGGCCCACGAGCUGGACCUCCUGCACCCCGAGCUGGAGCUCUCCAGGACCAUCUACGUCACAGAGGAUGGACCUCGCCUCUCCGUGGAUGCGGAGCCGCUGACGGUGGCGUCGCGGCGAGGAGGCAACGCCACGCUGCCGUGCCGGAUCCGGAUGGACCAAUCGCUGACUCCCAGCCGGAAGAUGAGGAUCAAAUGGACCAAGAUGACGUCGGACUUCCUGAAAGAGGUGGACGUGUUCGUCGCCAUGGACCACCACAGGAGGAGCUACGGCAGUUUCCACGGACGCGUCCACCUGCAGGGCUCCUCCCCCCUGGACGCCUCCCUGGUCAUCACGGAGAUCACCCUGGAGGAUUAUGGGAGAUAUAAGUGCGAGGUCAUCGACGGGCUGGAGGACGGAACCGUGGUCGUGUCCCUCGAUCUAGAAGGCGUGGUCUUCCCGUACUCCCCCCGCCUGGGCCGCUACAACCUGAACUUCUACGAGGCGGAGCGGGCGUGCCGGGCCCAGGACGCCGUGGUGGCGUCCUUCGAGCAGCUGCACCGGGCGUGGCGAGGGAAGCUGGACUGGUGCAACGCCGGCUGGCUGAGCGACGGCUCGGUGCAGUACCCCAUCACCGCCCCCAGGGAGCCCUGCGGGGGCAGGAACACGCUGCCGGGGGUCCGCAACUACGGCCUGAGGGACAAGGACAAGAACCGCUACGACGUGUUCUGCUUCACCUCGCACUACAAAGGUCGGUUCUACUACCUCAUCCAUCCCUCCAAGCUGACCUACGACGAGGCGGUGGCGGCGUGUCAACAAGACGGCGCUCAGAUCGCUAAGGUCGGCCAGAUGUUUGCCGCCUGGAAGCUGCUGGGCUACGACCGCUGCGACGCCGGCUGGUUGGCUGACGGCAGCGUCCGUUACCCAGUGUCCCGCCCCCGCCGGCGCUGCAGCCCCACGGAGGCCGCCGUCAGGUUCGCCGGCUUCCCCGACAAAAAGCACAAGCUGUACGGCGUGUACUGCUUCAAGGGCCAGACCUGAGCGGCUCUCACACACACACACAUGCACACACACGCACACACACACAUGCACACGCGCUGACCCACACACACACGUGUGGACAAAGAGACCCGUAAGAAACCCAUUCAAACUGUGGUGCUUUGUUUCAUGGAUCCCUGAAGACGUUAGCAUUGUUAGCUCAUAGCCUUUGAAGUUUACACAUAUUUUUGGUUUAUUUUAUUUAAUCAAUGCCUUUGGAGGAAGGGGUGGGGGGUACUGUCAUGUCACGUGAUCAGAAAGGCCUCCACCGAGAGCAGCUUGAGGGCGAGGAGGACACCACAUGAUGUCAUCAGGCGGGGACGGCGUUUGAUGUUGUUAUUGACGAGCGGACCAAACUCCAGCUUUCUUUAUGUUUUCUAAGUAGAAUGUUAUUAUCUAGAAAUGUACUUUUGUUUACAAAUGUUUUAUUAUCGUAGAGCUAUUUACGUCAUUAUUUCUUUGUCUUAUCGGCCACAACUAUGUGAGUCUCAUGAAGCAGAAAACAGUAAAACAGGAGGAAAUGCAACACAAAGGGAGAAGAAGAAGAAGAAGAAGAAGAAGAAGAAGAAGAAGAAGAGGAAGAGACCGUGACCACGCAGAAGAGCAGCAGUAAAAAAUCUCUCUCUCUUCCUGUUUCUCUCUGCUCGGCUUAGCUUAGCACAAAGCAGCGCCCGCCCCCAUCGAUCCACCUGCUAUUUGUGAUACAAAUAGAGUAGUUUCUUAUAGUGAGAUGGAGCCGUGACCUCAUCGCUACGUACGUGACCUCAUCGCAACAUCCUAAGUUUGGGAUGUGCGAAGUUGUGUAUCGGCGCUUUGACUCGGCUCCGCCCCUUAAUCUAACGAGUCCUUGCAUGGUUUGGUUCUUUAAUCUAGUGUCAUGAAAAUCAAACCAGUAAAUGGUAAACUAAUAUAAAAACAGUUUGGCAGGGAAGCGGCUCCAUGGAGCAGGUUGGAGAUCCGCAGGAGCUCCUGCAGACUCCUGGGAAUCAGCAUCCAAACCUUCAUCGAGGUUUUCACUGACGAUCAGCGUGGUGAUGUCAUCGCAGUGUUUGUGUAAAGUCAAAAACGUCGUGAAACUCCAGAGCUGGACCUCAAGUUACAGUAUUUACAGACGGGCAUGAACGUGCAUCUUGUCUCGUGGCUUCACCUCUAAAAGCUGUUCUGGGUAAAAAUAACUCUUUUAUCAACGGGUUCUUUAACUUUUCCCUGUUUGUUGUCAAAGUGGAUUUCUUUUAGUAGUUAUUUAAACACCAAUAAAGAUCUCAUCCGAGAAGCGACUAGUUUUAACCCUAAAGGAGGUUUUAAGGACCUCUUCCUGAACCUAAACAAACCUUUGAAGACGGGUUUGUUUGGAGAAGACCAACUUCAGAUAUCAUUAAAUAAGUAAAUGUCAAACACAGAAGAAAGGGCAGAAGAAGAAGAAGAAGAAGAAGAAGAAGGGGGGCGUCUGCAGAAAGUGGACUCGGCUUACUGAAGAGGACUUGUGUUUCUGUCACUUAUAAACAGUUAAAGGGAUGGUUUCACAUUUAGUGAAAAACCACAGCUGGCUUCUUCUGUUUAAACCACGAGAUCAUCGCUGAUGUUCCAUCAGUUCAUCUGCGGUUUAACCUGCAGAACAAGAACGAGGGACGUUUGAAUGGAACAAAUCCAUCAGUUAUUGGUAAAGUGUGACAAUAGUAGGAUUAAAAGCUAAAUAAUAUGUUAACAAAUUGAUUGUUAUUCAUUAAACAAACUUAUAUUUAAGAUUUGAGUGACAUUGUGUCCACAUUAAAUAAACCGUGCAUUAGUAAAACUGA